AAACAGUAUAGUUCAAAAAAAUUACAAUGAAAACGCCAAUGAAAUAGAACAAAAUCGUGUAAGUAUUAUAAUCAGUGGAUAAUUUCUAUUUUUUAUGUAGUACCGAAUCAACUCGUUCAAAUUAAUGCCAAGUUCCAGUCAAGCAGUGACCGUUGAAUGUAAAUCCCCCAUCAUCUUACUCAGUUUUUCCUCUCGGCCAAACAGCAACUCCGAAGAAAAGUUUUAUUCUUGUCUUUUGACGCGCAUCCCUUGAUCAACGUUUCUCCCCGUUUCGAAAAAAAAAAGGAGAAGAACACGAGGUCACAUUGUAUAUAUAAUACAACAGUGACUUGUCGAGAGAGAGAGAAAGAGAGCGAGAGGGGGAGGGAGGGAGGACGGAAAGCCUCUGAGCACCAUAACGCUUUUAGCUGGUAGAAGUUUGUAUUAUAAAGCCCCAAGCAAGCAGCAGCGGCAGCAGCGUCGCUCUCUCUUUCUCGCGCACCAACAAGUGUCGCUCCUCCGACCGCCUCUCGACUCGCUUUCAGUUGCUCGGCAGCACUUGCCGCGAACUGGUCAUCAAUUUUUUUUAUACAGAUUUACAUAUCACUCCCCGGGGUUUUCACUUAUUUCCCGCGCUUGGCCAGAGGAAUGGCCACUUUUGGCUGAGAUUUUUCGCUUCAGUUUCUCCUUCGUCGAUCGCCGAUUUCCGUGUGGCUUCCUAUUCGCCUGUCCGACGAUUAUAAUGAAGAUGAAAAUCGUACUGGGGUUGGCGUUGAUUGCUUAUGUGGCCGAGGCCGCCAGCGACAUCGAGGCUGAGAGGGAAGAGUGCAUACGGAAAAAGGCAGACUGCGGAGCUGACACUACGACAACAAACUCACCGGUUUGCGGUAGCGACGGUGUCACUUAUCCGAACCGCUGUAGCUUGAUAGCAAAACAGUGCCUCGGAAUGUCGAUUCUCAUUAAACAUACGGGACCUUGCCCAGAAGCGCCACCUUGUUUCUCAGCCCGAAUGACGGCUCGACCGAAUUCUCGGCCAGAUUGCCGAGCGGAUGGUACAUACUCGCCGAUUCAGUGUCACGCUGAAACCGGCUACUGUUGGUGCGUCAGCCCGAAAGGCCGACCAAUACAGAACACCUCGGUAAAGGGUGCAAGACCACGCUGCAAUCGAGUCAAAAACAACGGAGCUGCGGCUUUGAAGGAAACGAGAGCGGCGCAAAGGAGGCGAUCGCCCAAUACCAAGCAGAAGAGACAGUACAACAGUCGACAUCGGAGCAACUGUGACAGGGCGGACAAAGCCAAGUUCAAUGGGAACUUGAUCGAGAAUUUCAAGAUCGAGUACAAGAGGAUCAAUGCGUCUAACGAUAGUGACAAGAACGUCGAGCGAGUGUUAACCUGGAAAUUCGUCAUGCUGGACAAGGAUGGCGAUGGUUUCUUAGACAGAGCGGAGUACAAGGAGUUACGACGACUUGCAAAAAAGGCAGUGAGGCCGAAGAAGUGCGCGCGUACUUUCGCGAGAAACUGCGACAGCAAUCGGGAUUUCAAACUGUCUAAACAAGAAUGGGGUGCUUGCCUGGUUGUUAACGACUUUGCCACCGAAGAGCAGCUACCACAAGCUCAUCAAACCCGGGCUUCGAUGGAUCAAGUUUCGAAAGCUAGUCCACAGCCAGUACCACGACCAACGUUCAACGAUGAUCCUCCGGAAAACAACGAGGAGGUUGACAACAACGAUUGCAUGUCCGACCGAAGAACCGUGAUGGAAGACCAGCAGAAAAACUCGCAAGAGAAGUUUUACGUGCCGCAAUGCACGCCCGACGGCAGGUACAACAAAGUGCAAUGCUACUUCGGAUAUUGCUGGUGCGUCCAUCAAGACACCGGUAAACCUAUUGCCGGUACGUCAUCGAAGGAUUCAACGCCAAAUUGUAAUCCCGCGCCCACUCCGGUCAGGCCUAUGAAAGGAUGCCCGGAAGCAAAGAAACAGCUGUUUUUACGAGAUCUGAUGGAUUUCCUACAGAAGAAAAUGAAUGUGGAUGAAGUGAUUAACAAGUGGCAGGUAUCGAAAGAAGAACGAGUCGCCACCUGGCACUUUGUCAUGCUCGAUAAAAACAAAAAUAAGUUUUUGGAGAAGAAAGAAUGGAAGUCGUUCCGUACGAUGGUGGCAAACAACCAACAGCUGCGUAAAUGUGGCAAAAAAUUACCGAGGUACUGUGAUAUCAACAAUGACCGACGAAUCAGCAUGACCGAAUGGCUGGAUUGUCUCAAUUCUCAACGACCCACUACUGGUGUCACCUCCACAGAAAAGACUUCAACGAUAAGAACUCGAUUAAUGGGUCCCAAUCCACUCGAGCAGCUUCUGAACGGUGACGAUUGAGCCCAAGAAGACAAUUGAGGAAUAACACAGCGGCAACGUUUCAAUCUAUGUGAUAAAGCGGCCCCGAGAGCCAACCGAACCUGUAGUGACAUUAAAGGGAUGCAAGAGAAACAGUUACGCCACUCGAGGCCGUUUAAUACGACUUCGAUGCUAUAUAUUAUUAUAUAUAUUGUAUAUCAAUCUCGCGAAAUGAGCUCAAAAUGUCGUUUUCUCUAUUUUUCAUUUUCCCAUGUUGUUUUAGAUUUUAUUUUAUUAAUGAUUAGAGCUAUAUGUUUUACUAUCGUGCUAGGUUCAGUAACGUAUGUUAACGUGCAGUUUUAAGGAUUUAUCAUCGACAUUUUUUAUCCGACAUGCAAGCGAGUUUUUCUGUUCUAUCUAUCAUCAAAGCGCUAAAUCAUAUAAGUUUGAAAUGAAAAGUCAUCUGAUUGAGUGAUGUAUUAAUUGACUUAUAGUCAUGCAAUUUUUGUGAUUCCAAUUGCCUUUCUAUAUUGAGUAUUUUUAUCAUAUGAAAUCAAAACACAAAGAGUAUAUCAGUAAUGUUUACUUUCAUAAAUAAUUACGUAAUAUUAAUAUUAAAUGUGUUGUCCGAUAUAUGGUGCAUCCGAGUAUUACAAAAUGUACACGCAGUAGUAUGUACAUAUUUAUGUUUAAUUUAGACUAAUUCCAUUAUUCGUAUUUUAUGAAAAUGCAUAAUUUUCGUUUUCGUUAAGGUGCUACGUCAAGAGAUUAUUUGUUUUGUAUUCACACAGACACCAGUGCGCACAAAUUGAAAAAUAGUUCCUGAAGCAAAUCAAACGAGUCUUGAAUGUUUCUACAAUUUCCAGAAGUGCCUCCAAUUCAUAAUGUUAGAACAACUUUUAUAUGCAUAUCUACGAAAUCCAUCAACAGUUCGUCAGCGUCUCAUAAAAACUGUAGUAAAUUAUAUUUCUAUAAACUACGAAAGAAUGUUUUAUACAGAAAAUUUAAUGUUUCCGUAUCACAACACGCUAUUUUGUAUUAUUAAUAUUAUUAGAUCUCGAUAUAUUGCCUUUGCAUAUUUUUUCAUAAUGCAUACAUGAUAGACAUAUGCUAUAUAUAAUGUAAUAUAAAUUUUUAUAUGGCGGCUAAUGCCUCACGAAAUUGUUGUACUCUGUAAGUUGUAAAUAAAAAUCGAAUA